AUGAUACACCGACUUAAGUACUUCUUAUUGGUUUGUGACUUGAUUCUAUUUCCUUCAGAAUAUAUUGUGUCAUCUGGAUUUAUCGAGCAAAAAGGCGGGAAAGUGAAAAUGAAGCUGAAGACCGACCUCUUAGUCCAGCCCUCGGGUGAGAUUUCAAAGAAGAUCCGUGAAGAGCUUAAAGAAGACGUUAACACCCGUUAUAAAGAUUUGGCAGCGAUAAAAGAAUGGCUCAAAAAGCAACCGCACUUGCCUGAUGAAUGGGAGGAUAUGCCGCUAAUAACGUUUCUUCGAGGUAGUAGUUUCUCCCUGGAGAAAUGCAAAAGAAAAUUGGACAUGUAUUUCACAAUGCGCGCAGCGUGUCCAGAAUUCUUCUCAAAUCGAGAUGCGACUAGUCCUGAGUUAAGUGAGAUCUUGAAAGGCAAAUUACAAGGUCCACCACUUCCUGGAGUUACACCAAACGGCAGAAGAGUUACAAUUUGUCGAGGCAUCCACCCAAGUCUUGACGGUCAACAAAUCACCGAUACAUUGAAGCUGGCACUUAUGAUCGGUGACAUACGCCUGAGCGAAGAGGUGGAAGGCGUUGCGGGCGACAUCUACGUGCUGGACGCAGCAGUGCUCGGUCCCAGUCUACUAGCUCGACUUUCCCCCGCUGUUAUUAAGAAAUUUAUGAUUUGCGUUCAGGAGGCCUAUCCCGUGAAGCUGAAAGAAGUACACAUAAUUAAUACAUCGCCUAUCGUAGAAAAAUUUGUUACCUUUGUUAAGCCUUUCCUGAAGGAUAAGAUCAAAAAGAGGAUCUUUAUUCAUAAAGAGUUAAAGGAUUUGAUCAAGUACGUUCCUCAAGAAAUGAUGCCAAAGGAAUACGGUGGUCAGUGCGGUACCAUGGAAGAGCUCCAAGAUCAAUGGACACAGAAACUGAUAGACUAUCGUGAAUGGUUCCAAGCCCAAGAGUCAGUUAAGGCUAAUGAAAGCCUUAGACCUGGAAAACCAACUAAUUACGACGAGCUCUUCGGUAUAGAUGGCUCGUUUAGGCAAUUGGCUAUUGAUUAA